AUGAUGUAUCGCACGACGUUAAAUACUGUUCAAGUGUCACAAAUUAGUGGCGCCGAAUUCUACCCUCACGCCUCGUCGCGCGCGAUACUUUUCGAAUCACCCGCCUUUUGCCGCCUAUUUUUUUCGCCGUUCGUUUAUUUAGCGGUGGGCAAACAAACAACACAGUAUUUAUUACUGGUACCGACUGUUAAAGAAGGACUGUUUUGGGACGUGUUUUUUUCCUGUUUUUGCUCAAUUGACUACCCUAUACAUAGUAAAGCACAGUCGCAAUGGUCACCCCAAGAGAACCUAAGAAGAGAACCACUAGAAAGAAGAAGGACCCAAAUGCCCCUAAGAGGGCUUUGUCCGCCUACAUGUUUUUCGCUAACGAAAACAGAGAUAUUGUUCGUUCUGAAAAUCCAGAUAUCACAUUUGGACAAGUCGGCAAGAAGUUGGGUGAGAAGUGGAAGGCUCUAA